AUGGUGAAAUAUCUAAGGGAGGUGACGCCAUACUUCAGGAAGGCUUCGAUCAUCCAAGAGGUAGGCUGGGAGCUUCAGCGUGGUUUCCUCAGUGCGACACCGCCACCGCCGAAGUCUCCACCGCGAGCGGAUACGCGUUAUCUACCGUUGCAACUCUGCAGACUCACCAGAGCUCAUCCUUCCUCCGAUCCCGAGGGUCGUAUCCUGGAGCUGCAUUCUCCGGACGGAGUGCACGAGUGCUGGCUAAGGGCCGCAGACAACGCGGAGGCGAACGUGUGGUUCAACUCUCUGCACUCUGCACUCGCUGCUCUCACGCUGAAGGCGCUGCGACUGGCCUCGGCGCUUCCGGAUCCGCCGCAGCUCCAGCACAUCGGCUGGCUCGCGAGGAGACACUGUCUUCAGAACGGACGUGCUAGCAGCGAGAGCAGCGAGGACGGAGCCGGAAGCAGCGCGAGUACCUCACGAGGAGCCGGAAGUGGAUUUACCCUUGGAGGUGGAUGCACCGGAGGAUGGCGCAGCGUGUUCGGCGCCGUUUCUGGCAGAGAAUUGAGGCUCUACGAGUGUGCACCCUGGAGCCCAGAAGCUUGGGCCUCGCCCAGUAUCACGUGUCCAUUAAUCGCCACCAGAUUGGUGUCGUCGCCAGCGAGACAGAACGAGGCGGGCAGCAGCAGUAGCGGGGCGACGCAGCACGCCGCGACGUUCGCGGUGCGCGUAGGCACGAUCGACGGCGUCGUGACGCACCAUCUGCGUGCAGAGACGCGGAGGGACCUGGCUGCCUGGGCCAGAGCCAUCGUUCAGGGCUGCCACGCGGCCGCUCACUCGUUACGCGAAUAUACUGUCCGGUGCACGUGGCAAGGAAAAGCUUGUCAACUUGUCGUCAACCACGAGGACGGUUUCGCGCUGUACGUAGCCGGUGCAAGAGGCGGAGGAGGGAACGGUGUCAGUCCAGGAUCACCUCCUGCGCCCUUAUGGAGAAGAUCUUUCGACAAACUGAAAAUGUCAGCGGACGACGGGGCGCGUUUACUGUGGCUCGACUUCGGCGGCGAGGAUGGCGAGAUUGAGCUGGACCUCGAGAGCUGUCCGAAGCCGAUCGUGUUCGUUCUGCACAACUUCCUGUCAGCGAAGAUUCACCGGCUGGGCCUGAGCGCAUAGGGGUACGAGGGGGCCCCGACGGAGGCCCCCGACCUGCCACCACACACCACCAGGUCCGUCACUAGCGCCUUCCUUCACUGAGCCCUUCCAUCGAGAAAUUCAAACAAAAACCAGCCCAUCCAAACGAGAACCGAUAACGGAAGAAGAAGAAGGGUGGCACAGGCAGGACAGACGAACGACUCGACGAACCAUCGCAAACAUACAGACACACACACACACAUACACCACUCGACGGACCACAAGGAAGAGCAAACUUCCAUUAAAAGGAGAAGAAACGGAGAGAAAAAGAAUCCAACCCUGGAGAUCGGUAAUAUUUAAUACAUUUAAAUCCAGGAAUAAAAAAAAAACAAUUCACUCGCUCUUCCAAACCGUUCUAUCCAGUCUCUAACGUCACCGACAACACUUAAUUCAAUUAUUCAGAGGCGAAUUAGACGGGUGCACGAGCGAGGGAUGUG